UGAACAUUCAUACCUGGAACAUUUCCUCUCAUCUAUCUACUAUAAACUCACUCUCAUUUUAGUUAUUAUUAGGAUGCAAAUCUCCCUCGAUUCCAGAUUCCUUCUCUAUCUUCUCUUGAUUGCCUUCUUCCUUGGUGCUCUUGUAUGGCUCUUCAUAUGUAACCUAACAACAAGAGGCAGAGGUAUAGAAGGGUCAUUCCUUGUUGAUGACGAAGGGGACCAAAAUGCUGUUGAGGCGGAAAUCCGUGCUGGAGGGGUUACCGAGUCGUUCAAUGUAAAGAAAAAAGGCAAACAAAAUCUUGAAAAGGCGAAAAUUAUCUGUGGUGGCUCAAACGGGACCGCGGAUUCAGAACAGAACUACCUUUUAAAUAUUUUAUUUCAGGUCAUUGCAUAUUUGUUUGGAGGAGGUCCUUAUGGAGAUAAAAACAAGUGAGCUGAGACCUUAAUUUAGGAUAACUUUGGCAAGCUCAGAAGCACACGCAUGAUGUUGCAGUAAUUUAGGAUAGAUAUGAGGAUCUGGUCUGUAACAUUUCUUUCUCUAGGACAACUUGUGUAACAUUUCUUUCUCUCGGAUAACUUUUGUUUCUAUAUUGGUGCAUGAAAUUUUUUUCUAUUUUCAGAUAAUUUGUUUUUGUUGGA